AAGCUCGCCUCUUCAAACGUAGUGAGUCGUCGCUGCCUGACAGUUGCAUUUGGCGGUUCGGUUCGGUUUGGUUUGGCUUUGGCUUUGGCUCUGGUUUUGUUUUGUUUUGUUUUGCGAUUUGUCAUACGUUAUUUUGACAGUUGCAAUAUGAAAGUUCAUGUGAAAUAGUUGAAGUUGCAUCAGACGCGCUAUCAACGAUUUAUAUUACAAAGCACGAAGCAGUGAUAGAACACACGCGAACAGUGCACAAAGCAGGCAGAAAACUGCCAAACAGAACUCUCUCUCUGUCGCUUUGUUUUAAUAUGACAGAUUCCUUUAAAUUGGUAGAAAUGCAACGCACAAGCAUCGAAUUUGAACGUCAACGUCAUUUGACCAAUUGGUUAAUCAGCAGCGGUCCACACAUGGCAACACCACCACCACCAACACUACCAACAACAACAACGACAACAACGUCAAAUUUGACAACACCAACAACAGCAACACAACCAGCAACAUUCAAUGGAAAUAGUUCUACGACUGCUAAUAGUGCACCACAACCAGUAAACGACACCAGCGCAAGCAGUUCAUUACCAGUCGCUGCUCAGCAGCCACCACAAGGCAUUAGUAAAGCACACAACGGAAGUAGUGGUGCUGCGAACAACGGUAUCAAUAACUCUAACGGCAACCCGGUUCUAUUCUUAAUGUCCAGCAAUGGCAACACUGGUGCUAUAGGGCAUGCACACAGUGGCAGACAAAACAGCAGCAGCGCUGGUCACUUUGCACUCAGUAAAACUGUGAAUGCCACUGGUAGUGGAGCUCCUAUAGGGCUCUCCUAUGUAGAAGUACGUAAACCAAAAUUGCGACGUUACAACUCACACGACACGAGCUCAAAUAUGUUCUCAGUGGCGGAUUUUGAAAAUGCACGUCUUGCACGACGUAAUGAAAUCGAAUUACAACAACGACUGCAGCGACGAGCGCGAGCAGCAGAUAAAUAUGGUGAUUGUGCUUUAGGUGAUAGCAAGUCAUCAAAAUACGGCAAUGUUUCACAGAACGAGCCAUUGCCUGCAGAUAUUUUUUUGGAGCGCUUCUCUUUGCCACGUGUUGCGAUACUAACGUACAAAACCAAAUUUUCUGAUGAAACUUUGCAAUCAUCUUCGUCAAACGGUUCAUCAACCGUAACUUCGAGCUCCUCAGCUGGUGGAAAUGUUGGUAAAAACAGUGGUACUACUGGUACUUCAUCUUCAAAUAAUACCACCGGCAGCAGUGGUAGUGCAAAACGUGGCAAGGCUGCUCUUAAACAAUGCAGUAGUGAACAAGAGAAUGAGGAAUUAUUCGUGUUAUACCGAUUGGUGCGUGAUCGUCAAAUUUUUCAUGGUCACAACUCUAAGACAAGUGCUGCUAAUCUAAAAAAAGGUGUACUAAUACCACAAGAAUUUCCCGGUUAUUUUUCAUUCAUCAAUGAAAAGGGGUUACCAACUGCUACUUUGUAUACAUCCCUUGUACAGUUGGUACGUGAACGUGUCUACAAAUUUAUAUCGGUGGAUAACAUGACUUCAUUUACCGAAUCCCAACCAAACGCAAACAGUUCUCCAACUGAGGGCUGUCUACCAUUAUAUUCGCCACAGUCAAAUAAUCGGCCACAGUAUGUUCGCUCUACAGCUCGUGGAGGCCAAGUGUUUCGUUUGCUAGCAGUAUUUGAGGACGGCAAACAGGAUCAUAAUGCUUUCACUAAUAACAACAACUUAAAGUUAAAUACAAGCCAUGGACGUGAAAAAGAAAAAGGACGUUAUGCGCAACUGUUAAAUGAAAAUCGACAGAUUUUAUAUGUUUCUCUAUCAACCAAAGGAAAGUUUUAUGAAAUUGAACCGGGCAUUCCCCAGAUAUUGCAAAAACUGAGCGGCGUAAAUAAUAAUGAUCCGAAUAAGAAGAUUAAUCCUGAUUGUGUGCAUAAAAUCACGACUUUGAUAACUCCCACUAAAGAGUUGCCAAUAACAUUACGUUACAUAGCUGGUCCUCAAUGUGGCCAUAUUACAAUUCCUGACACAAUAUGUAUAACCAAAAUCACAACUGAAAAUGUGGUUAUUGUUUGCCCCAUCGAUGAUGUUGAAGUACAGAGUCCACUGCAUUUACGUAAAUUACAUUUAACCAAAGAAAUGUACCUAUUAAAGGAUACUUUGGGCUUCGAGAAUGAAAAGCGCAUGUUGGCUAAUACCAAUGUGCAAAACAUACUGAAAUAUUGUCAGUUCAACUGCGAUCAAUUUUUGAAAAUAGUGGAAAUUGAAAUACUUAAUCGUUCUGAACGUUCGGGUUCUAAAAGUCGUGUCGAAGGCUUGAAAAUUCUUAAGCCGCUACAUUUGCCAAAGCUGUUGCGCCGAGAAAAAACAACUAUUCUGGCUCAUGAAAAGGAAGAUUCAAUAAUAUUUCUUAGUAAGAAUGAUUUAGCUAAUAUGGAAGCUAAAGAUACUGUAACAAAUACUAAAACACAACGGAUAACUACUGUUGAGGGCGCUUCAAGCAGCAAUCGCAUCUCUGAAAAGAUGAAAGUUUUUCAAUCAACUAAAAAGAAGUGGUUCCGAAAACAGGAUAAGCAUACUUCAACAAAUAACUUUAAUGAUUCUACCGCGCAAACUAAGAGCUUAAGCAUGGAACGAUAUUCUGAUAUGUCUAAAUUGCUACAGGAACGUUUUAGCGAUAAAACAAACACUAUUGAUCACGACAAUAUGUCAGAACACAGUUGCAACUCUGAACCUGGUGGCUCCGACACUGAAACUACUACACUAGCUACAAUUGAGGAAAAACUUAAGAAAUUUGGUGAUAUAUCGCUAAAGUCCACAGUUGAAGUCAGCACACUGCAAAAAUCUAUGUCUUUGCAAGAUAUAGAAUUAAUAUCUGGCGUUGGUGGUACUCGCAAACCAGAUUUGUUAUCCACACUUGUCACAACUGACACAAUAUCUGAAGCUGGUACAGAUCUAGAAGAUUUAGAAAAUGCUAAGGAUACUACACACCAAACAUCGUUUAUAACAGAAAAACUCUAUAAUGAAUUUCAUGUUAAGACACGUCAAUACAGUAAAUCUUCUUCAAGUCUCCAUCAAUUACUUAAUUUCUCUUUACCACAGAAAAUGCAAAUGAACGACAAAGAUAAGCGCGCGAGCAAAAUGACCACAGGAAACAAUGCCCCGGGUAAUAGUGCUGCUAUUGGAAAAUUGGAUAAACGUUUUGAUUUUAAUGUAGGUGAACCGGUCACAGGUCGUCGAGCUGCUGGGGGACUCACUUUACUUACUGUUGGUAAUAAUGGCAGCGCUUACAAUAGCCAAAACACUUCACUUAUAUCACCACUAACACCAAUGAGCAUGCUGGAAGACGAAUUGCCAUAUUCAAAUGUACGCGAUUCGCUUGUACUGUCAAGUGAUGAAUCUCCAUUACAUCAUCAACGGGUGAACAUUUGUCGCGAUCUUAAUUUAGUCGAUUAUACAAAAGAAAAUAUAUAUGCAGAAAUCUGUCACGAUCUUAACACUAUGAGUAAUACUCGCCCUUCGCAUGUGCGUGAAAAUUAUUCAGCUGGUACUCAUUCUACACGAAUUUCUGAUGACUAUGGCGAUUACGCCUCACUUUCUUAUCCUACACCCAGACCAAAACAACGCACUAGUGACAGUGGCAAAUCCAUAAUUGGAAAUGCCAUAAGCCGUGUGCAUGUUAAUUGCAGUGCAAGUCCGGUAAGCUACCAUACCGUUUACUUUGGUGACGAACCACUUGGAGAAAAUUACACACACGAUCGGAAUACACGGGCUACUGGCAGAACUCGGGAAUCACGACACUCGCGUAACUCACGUGACUCGCAGCCCCCUUCACGUGAUCGUACUCAUAUUACGACCGUUGAAUUAGAAGGUGCUACACAGAGUGCUAGCUCCGAUAUUGAGGGAUUCGACAAUAUUUACAAUACGCUCAAAUGAUGUUUAAUGUGAUUUAGUUGGAAAUUGGGGGCAUCUGUUGCGGGUGGUGGUAAUAAUAACAACAAAACUGACACAAAUAGGCAGUAUGGCGGUAGCAACGGUGGAGGCAAAGGUUUAUUUUGAAAUAUUUUUUAAAAUCAUAUAAAUGAGUUAUAUUAAUAUGAUUAAAUUUUAAUUAAAUUUAACCUAAACUUAUUUUCUUAAAGGUUAAGAAGAGCAGUAUUUAAUAUAUAUGAUAUCGGAAAACAACCCGAAUUCCUGUUGAAAGAUAUAAAUGAAAUAUAUAAAUAUAUAA